AUGUCUCGAGAGAUGCAAGAUCAAAAAUCGAACACUAAGUUGCAGCAAGAAUCAACAACCUCUACAAUUGAGGUAUCAGGGAAUGUAAGUAAACCCAAUUCGCAAAGUAGAACAAGGAAGUUUCCUAUCACUCCAUUGGAAGCAUUAGAAGAUCAGCCAUUUCCUGAAACCGCGGCUUGUUUAAUUAUUGGCGAUGAAAUAUUAAACGGGAAGAUUGUAGACACGAAUUCAGGGUUUUUUGCUAAAUUCUGCUUCAAUUUGGGAAUUGAUGUUAAAAGAAUCGAAGUUAUUCCGGAUGAAGAAGAUACGAUUAUUGAAGCCGUGCGUCGAUUAAGUAAAAAAUAUGAUUUUGUGGUGACUAGUGGUGGAGUAGGCACCACACACGAUGACAUUACAUAUCCCUCAAUUGCACGUGCUUUUGGUCUCGAACUAGUCUAUCAUCAAGAGACAAUAGAUCGAAUGAUGGGAGUCUUGCAAAACCAUCCAAUAUUAAAAAAGGAAACGAGCGUUGAAGUUAUUACAGCAAGCAAACGAAUGGCACUUUUCCCAUCACCAUCUCUAGUCGUUUAUCCAAAUGAAACGAUAUGGGUUCCAAUUGUGAUCGUGAAUAACAAUGUCCACAUCCUACCCGGGAUUCCAUCUUUAUUUCGAGCUUUACUUGGUGAAUUUGGCAAAUAUUUCUCCCAACAAGGAGAAAAGUUUAUCCGGGUAUAUGUUCGUACAUAUCAACCAGAAUCAUUUAUCGCGCCUGUGUUAACAGAGAUGCAGGAAAAAGUGGCCCAUUUAGGAGUAAAAAUUGGUAGUUAUCCUACAUGGACUAGUAAUAAGCGAUGGGUGGUUGUUAGCCUUUUGGCAAGGGAGAAACGAAAAUCGGUAGUUGAGGAAUUGGCAAAAGAGGUCGCUGAAAAAAUUAAUGGCCAUUUCAUCAGUAAACUUGAGGAUCUUGAAGAAUCCGACGUUGGCAAGUUAAAAUUGUAA